UUCUCGGAAGAGAAUGUGAUUGGGUUUGGAGGGAACGGGAAGGUUUACAAGGGGGUUUUAGCAGGAGGAGUUGAAGUUGCGGUGAAGCGGAUUUCGCUUAAGAAUGAGCAGGGAAUGAGGGAGUUUUUGGCUGAGAUUUCAAGCUUGGGGAGAUUAAAGCAUAGGAAUUUAGUGGGGCUAAAAGGGUGGUGUAAGAGAGAGAAAGGAAGCUUGAUUUUGGUUUAUGAUUAUAUGCAAAAUGGGAGUUUGGACAAGAGGAUAUUUGAGUGUAGUGAGAGUAUGUUGUUAAGUUGGGAAGAGAGGAUUAAGGUCUUGAAAGAUGUAGCUUCUGGGGUUUUGUAUUUGCAUGAGGGUUGGGAAGUUAAGGUCUUGCACAGAGAUAUCAAGGUCAGUAAUGUGUUGCUUGAUAAGGAUAUGAAUGCAAGAUUGGGAGAUUUUGGCUUGGCAAGAAUGCACCAUCACGAGCAAUUAGCCAACACCACAAGGGUGGUUGGGACCGUCGGAUACAUGGCUCCAGAAGUGGUCCAAACCGGCCGAGCCUCGGUUCAAACUGACGUGUUCGGUUUCGGGGUAUUGGUUCUAGAGGUGGUGAGUGGUAGAAGACCAAUUCAAGAGGGGUUUCCAAGCUUGGUGGAUUGGGUGAGGAGGCUAAUGGAAACAGGGGAACUAGUUUCUGCUCUUGACGAGAGGCUAAGGAAAAUAGGUGGAUAUGACGUAGAGGAAGUUGAGAGAGUGCUUUGUUUGGGCUUGGUGUGUGUGAGCCCUGAGCCAAAUAAACGUCUAACUAUGGCGCAAGCUGUGAAGGUGUUGGAAGCGAAGAGUAAUAAUGAUGGUGACAUUGAGUAUGAAGAGGAGGGGAUGGAAGUGGAA